AUGACUGACAUUCUAGCGAGGUUGGAAUCAAUGGAGUCUGAAUUGCCAGUGCAAAAAAACGGCUUCUAUCUUUCGCUAAUUUUGGGAAAAGAUCUCAAUUUAUCCUUGUUAACGAAGAAUGAUAAAUAUAAGUACAAAACGGACUACGAGCUUUUCAAGUGGAAAGUAACUUUGGCAAUCAUAUUUGUUGUGGUUCUUUCUUACUUGUUCCCAUGGAGAGUGAUAGAUUCGAUUGGGAAUUUCCUCUUGGUUUGGUAUGUUCAUGAACAACUUUUUCUGCUCCUUUUAUUUGAAUUUUCUGUGCCAUGA